AUGGGGUUUACCUUUGCAAUUCAGUACUAUCCAGGGGCUUCAAAUAGAGUGGCAGACGCUCUUUCAAGAAGAGAAUACGGGACUGAAUUGGCCAACCUGACAGCCUUAUCUAUGGUACAAUUUUCAAAGUAUGAGGACAUGGCAUCGGAGGCACAAACUAAUCCGAAACUACGGGUAAUUUUACAGGACCUUCUCCUUGAUUCUUCUAGUCAACCCAACUAUCAACUCCGCAGGAGCUGCCUAUUCUAUAAGAACAUGCUGGUAAUUCUGAAAGGGUUCAGGUUUGUUUCAACAUUACUUGUUGAGUUCCACCAGAGUCUCAGUGGAGGACACUCAGGUUUCUUCAGAACAUAUAAGAGGGUGUCAUCGGUGGUUUACUAG